AGGUAUGCCAAUUCUCUAGCCUCGGAUCAGAUAAGGAAAUAAGGGAAUAAAUCCGCCAUCACCUAUCGGUACAUACAUACAGUACCUAGUAGCAUAGACAUAUCUCUUGGCGCGAUCGCUUCUACGCCCACGCACUUCUGGGGCGUCUCGGAAGAGGAAGAGGGAGGAAGAAAGGAGAGAAGAAGAGAAGUGAAGUGAAGCGAAGAGAGAAAGUGACGUGACAUAAAGAAAAGAAAAGAAAAGAGAGAAGAAAAAAUGGCAGCGGCAGGUCUGCUCUCGAUAUUCGGCGGAGCGAAGCGUGCGCUGACGGGCAGCGCGCGAGCAUCGGAGCUGUUCCCGCACACGCGAGCCGACGUCGACGGCGAGGAGUGCAAGCACGACUGCGACAGCUGCACGGUUAAGUACCCGCGCCACUUCAAGGUCGAGGAGACGCACCCGCUCUACGGCAACAUAAAGCCGUGGAGCACCCACGUGCUGGUCGCCACGAGCAAGUCCGACUGGAGCAGGCAUGUCGAGGACGAAAGGGGCAGCGUCAUGGAGGCGUUCGGCCACGCGAGCAAGCCUAGUAAUGGGCGCCUCAUGCUCUCCGCCUCCAACAUGCACACGCCGAGCAACAAACCGGACUACUCGGAGCCCACAACCCUACUCGUGCUCCCCGCCUUCACCAUCGUCGAGAACGUGACGCCGCCGGCGGUGCCGUCGCUCAUCAACAAGUACAUCUCGAAAGCGCCGACGACGUCGGACCCGCUGGACCCGGUGGCCCUACCCAAAACGAUAUCCUCGUCGCGCAGCGCCGUCGGCGACAUGGUGGCGCGCCCGUGCCCGCACCGGGCCGUCGUGCUGCUGUGCUCGCACCGCACGCGCGACGCGCGCUGCGGCCAGAGCGCGCCGCUCGUCAAGAAGGAGCUCGAGCGCCACCUGCGCGUGCUCGGGCUCGACCGCGACCUCGACGACGAGCGGCCGGGCGGCGUGGGCAUUUAUUUUGUUAAUCACGUCGGCGGCCACAAGUACUCGGCUAACAUGAUGAUAUACCGGCGCCCGGACGCGUUCGGUAUUGAUGAGGUGCAGCGCGCGAAGAUGCCGCCGGGACAGGAGCCGGAGAUCGCGAAGCCGGUCCCGGAUGAGGAGGGUGAAGGUGGUGAGGCGAGGGAUGUGGGAGCCGCGCAGUGUAUUUGGUUGGCUAGGGUUAGGCCGGAGGAUUGUGAGAAUAUUGUGAGAUAUACGAUUUUGCAGGGCAAGGUUGUUAAGGGGGAUAGGCAGUUGAGGGGUGGGUUUGAUCGGGCGACGGGGAUGAUGAGUUGGUAGAAGACUA